GUCUCCGCCGGUGCACAGUGUGCAGCUUCGGUUGCUUAGGAACCACUGAACGCAGAUUAUGAUGUCUACUGCAAAUGUCUUCUACACUUUUCCAUUGAUCUAUGGUGCACUACAGGAUGCACAGGACGGAAUGUGAAGUGGUCCUUUGUUCUGUCUCUCCUCAUGUUUCUCAGCCAUUGUGAAAGUGAACUGCUUCUGCCUUUUUAAAUCCAAACUAUAUUCAGUGUAUGUAAUAACUAUGUUGGGAAAGUGAAGGAGUCGGUCUGGCUGGUUGAGGUGUGGAGGGGGACACCACAAACCAGGCCAAGACACUGACAAAAAUCUCCACUGCUCCACGCUACUUCGCCCCAAUGACCAGUCCUUAAAUUGUUGCAACAAUUAUGGUGACUCUCAUCACUGAACAGCUCCGAAAGCAGAGUUUGGACGAGGCCCAAAACAAGACUUUCACAGUUAAUGAUACACUUCCUGCUCUCGGCUCCAGCCCAACUGUUACUUGGAGCACUUGCACACCCACUCAAGAUGCAACCAAAACAUCUCUCCUUGAAGCUUCAUUUAAAGCAGACUCUCACAGGACCUUGAAAGUUUCAGAACAGUUCAGACAAGCACCUGUGACAUGUGAAAAAACAUUACAGAACUCACCUCCACCACCCCCUUCAAAACGCCACUGUCGUUCCCUGUCUGUCCCAGAGGAUCUGUCGCGCUGCAGAGCCACCUGGCAUCCCAGUGCAUUUAAAGUUUGGACCCCUAUUAAGCGUACCUGUCACAGUGUGGAAACCUCCACUUCGGGCUCUGGAGCGAGUUCUGUCCCUCCCUGUGGUCCUAGUUCAUCUAUCACCUCCUCUUCUCUGAACUCCUCAUCCAGUCCUACGUUCUUUAGCUUGGCCCUUUCCUCCGACUCUCCGCUGCCUUGGAGCUUCUCAUGGGACCCCUGUGACACUCUGAAGGGAACCUGCUCUGCCUCAUUUGCAGCCCCAUCAUCUUGCUCCUCAUCACCAGCGCCGCUCAUUUCUCAUUCAUUACUACAGCGCCGCUUUUCCCUGUCUCCUGUUCAAAUUCAGAACACCUCUGUCAUUCUUCAGCCUCCUCAACCUUUUCCAGCUUCCAGUGUUGCAUAUGGUGGUUCUGUCAUGGAGCAGCCUGCACUCUCUCCGUCUCCCACUUCUGUCUGCAGUACACCGCCCUCUUCACGACGCAGCCUGUACCCUAUUCUGCCACGAUGCCACUCACAGCCUUGUGACAUGCGUAGACCUCUGUUAAAAAGGCGCCAUGAUCAAGACCUCUUGCCAUCUGCCAGACCCGGACUUGACUUUGGCAAAAUGACACAGGCAGCACAGCACAUCACCUUCUCCCCUGUAGAGUUUCUUGGAAGAGCCAGUAUUGGACCACUUAGUGAAAGCGAAGAAGAAGAUAAACGAAAAAAUGAUGGAGGACAAAAUGUUGUUUUUGAAAGGGACUGUACAGAACUGGAUUUGAAUCUUAUUGAGGAAAACUGAUUGCUAAGAUUUUGCCCUUCAAAGAUUUGACUAAUCUCAGUUUAUGACCAAGAUUAAGUGGGUUAGAUUUCCAAAUGAUUGUCAUGGCUACUUUAUCAGUGCCUGUCUUUUACAGACACCAUUUCAAAAUGUGCAUGAGACUUAAUGCACAAUUUUUUUAAAAAUAUAUUAUGUAUAUAAUUAGUAUGCAUUGUCUUAUCCUUACAUACUCACAGGUAUAUGCUAAAUUUAGCAGAUUAUGAUUUAAAUUGGUCAUUCAACUUGAAAUGACAAAUGCUUUCUCUAAAGUAGCUUGUUGCCUGAUAUCUGAGUAGUGUAAUCGUACUGUUAUACCACAACAUGUGUCUAAUUUGAAAAGCCCAAACAUCAAGGACUGAUGUGUUUUAUGAACAACAAUGUAAUGAGCUCUAUCAAAAAAGUUUGAUUUUAUGUGCUUAAGAUUAAUACUUGCCAUUAAUAUAGUGGUAAUGUAAGUGACCAUGCCUUAAGCUUGAAAUGCUGCGUCUGUGGUGCUCUGUUCUUUCACAGCUGGACAUUUAUCUUCUCACUGCUGAUUCAGAUCAUUUGAACGGGUAGUAUGUGCACUAAUAGUCAAUGACAUGAUUGAACCAAUGCUGCUGCUGGAAUCCAUGAGGCACAAGAUAUUGUACUGUUCUAUAAAUGAGAAAGAGCUGUCUGGCCAACUGUAUGAAUGUAUAUGAAAGAGGUGGUGAUUGGUGGCCUUUUGAGAAAAGACUUUCAUGGGAUGGAAAUAAUCCUGUUGCACAAUUUAUGUACAAAUAAAAGAGUAUUUUUUUUUUCCUAAA